AUGGAUAAUAGAGAUGCAGCAAAAUCACCAAUGGAAAUCGUUAACAUACCACCAAUUAUUUCAACUUACCGGCAAGCACUGCAUACUUUCGACGAAAAAUUCAAAAAUGAUUUUACGGCCAACUUGAAUAAGUUAAAAAACAUGAUGGACAAAUUAAAAGCCGAUGACUUAGGUUUCGACCAAAAUUUAAAUGAUCCAGCCACAUGGAGAAAAGCUAACAAAGCGCCUUGUACAUAUAUCGAAGUGUUUCAAAAUCGUUUAGUUAACAUGAGCAUAUUUGUCUUGAAGCCCGGGUUUGUGAUGCCUUUACAUGAUCACCCGCACAUGCAUGGACUUUUAAAAGUUAUUUCAGGAGCAGUUCGGAUAAGAAGCUUUACCGAAUAUCCUUUAAAAGAAAUAGUGAAUUCUUUAGAUUUUGCCGUUCGCGCUAAACACGAAGCGGCACGUCUAGCUCAAGGUAUUCAUAAAAAGAGAAGAUUUUUCGGUAAAAUAUCACAAGAUAGCGUGUGCGUGGCUAAUUCAGAGACAUGUAUUUUAACGCCAGUGAUAUCAAAUUACCAUGAAAUAGAAGCUUUAGAUAUGCCUGCUGCCUUUUUCGAUAUUUUAUCUCCACCUUAUGAUACACUGAUAGAAGAAGUAGGACCGAGAAGAUGUAGAUAUUAUUAUGUAGCCAACGAAAUCAGUAGCAAUGUUGUUGAAUUACAAGAAAGAAAUGUGCCAGAAUGUUUUUAUUGUGAUCAAGCACCUUACUUGGGGCCAGUACUUGUA